AUGGUUACCGUAGGGAUAAAACGUAAACAAAUUGAAGUGCACAACAUAAAUUGAAUUUCUGUCAAACCAACGUCACUUUGGAAAAGAAGAAACUUUAUCUGUUAUUAAUAAUAUUUGCUUUUACGUAUUCUCACAGUGUCUAUUAUAGCAGUUGUUUCAAAUGAAAUUCAAAAUAUCCGUACAAAAUAUUAGUGGACACAAACGUUGUGUCACUUGCGUAGCAUGGAGUUCGACAGAUGAAAUUUUUUCAUGUGGGGAAGACCAUUUAUUAAUAUGCUGGAAUUUAGAAGGUGGUACUGCACACCCCACUGUUGUAACAGAAUUUCCAAAUGAUUUUUACCCUACUGAUAUGCAAUGGCAUCCAUAUUUUAAUAACAAUGUUCCCAUUGUUAAGGGAUCGUCUUUUGAUAUAUUGUUGAUCACUACCACAGAUGGAAAGUAUCAUUUGGUUAAACGAAAUGGUCGCAUCGACAAAACAAUUUCUGCUCAUGAAGGCGCAACAACACUGGGAAAAUGGAGUUAUGAUGGUUCUGCGUUAUUAACAGCUGGUCAGGAUGGACUAGUUAAGAUCUGGUCCCGUAGUGGUAUGCUUCGGUCUACAAUAAUAAAAGCGAAUCUUGCUAUACUAACAGCGAACUGGAGUCCGGACUCAUCCAGUAUACUGUACUCUCAAGGUGCAAAUUUGAUUCUUCAGUCGCUCAAUUCCAACUCCAAACCAUAUAAGUGGCAUGCACAUGACGGUUUAAUCCUUGUCACGUGUUGGAGUCGAAAGAAUGGACACAUAAUUUCGGGUGGAGAAGAUUGUAGGUAUAAGGUAUGGGAUGCUAACGGUUCUCAUUUAUAUAGUAGCAACAUUGAAGAUCAUCCUGUGACGGCAAUCAGCUGGUGUCAUACUUCCGAAAAUUAUUUCGCGGUCGGAUCGUUUAAUACUAUCAAAUUAUGUGAUAAAAAUGGAUGGUCGCAUUCUAUGGAAAAGGUGAAUACUGGAAGCAUUUACAACAUAGCUUGGUCCAGCGAUAGUACGCAAGUAGCUAUGGCAUGCAGCAAUGGAAAACUUUUGAUGGGACACAUUAUAGAUAGGAGAUUAGAAUGGGAUAAUUAUGAAGCAACAUUGAUAAAAAGAAAAGUGAUUGAAAUUAAAGAAAUUGGUAACGACGUACACGAAGUUCUCGAGAUUUCUGAUCGUGUAGUGCAUCUCGAGUUCGGCUUCGGUCAUUUGGUUGUUAUCACACCCUUGCAGUGCCAUGUAUAUUCCGUUACAAAUUGGAAUACACCGGUGAUAUUUAAUUUGAAAGGAAAUACCAUCUCUGCUAUACUUCUUGCGGAGAAGCAUUUCCUAAUUGUAGAAUGGAAUGUUGUAUCGUUGUACAGUUAUCAAGGCCGUUUAUUGGGUACUCCCAAGUGGAAGAGACACACCCAAGAGCCACUUUAUACUCCUUGUGUAUCAUUGUGUACGGACACUUUGGUCAUAAGGGAUCAAAGUAACGAAAAAUUGCUCCAUAUUUUGGAUUUACCUAGCAACAAACCGAUAGUGGAAAGUCAAUCGUAUUCGCACUUGUACAAUGUGACACAACUGGCGUUAAAUUAUAUCGGCAAUGCAAACGAUCGCCAGUUGGCGUUAGUUGACAUCAAUAAAGAUUUAUUUUUGGUAGCGUUAAGAACUACAGGUUUUGGGAGAAUUUGCAAAAUAGCUGCAAUGGCGCAAAAUAUUGCAUGGGCGACUGAUGCAAACGUUUUAGCCGCAAUGCUAGAUGCAACUCUGUCAGUAUGGCUAUGCCCUAAUUGUGUCCAUUAUAAUGAUCGCAAAAUAAUACGCCGAACACGAAUUGACAAGGAAAACAGUGAAUUUGGAAAACAGCCUAGUAUUGUAAGCGUUCGCAACGGCAUGGUCGUAAUAAGACGCGGAGAUGGUGCUACGGUGGCUUCCUAUUUCUACAAUCUGUUCACGAGUUUGUAUGAACACGUAUCGAAUAAAAGAUUGAAAGAGGCGCUGUUUCUUUGUCGUAUAGCUCAGAACGAGAUAUUGUGGACUUGCAUGGCUAUUAUGGCAACCGGUAAUAAAGAAUUACACGCUGCAGAAGAAGCUUAUGCAGCUAUAGGUAGAUAUGAUAAAGUAGACUAUAUCAAAUAUAUCAAGAGUUUACAUACCGCUGCUGAGAAACAUGCAAAAGUGGCAUUACUCGCAGGUGAUUUGUUGACAGCGGAAGGUAUACUAUUACAGAACAGCUUGGUUGACGAAGCUGUGCGCACCAAUAUCGAGACCUAUAAUUGGAACAGGGCUUUGGAGUUAGCGAUUAAACACAAAAAUCAGCUUGAAAAGGUUUUAAAAGCAAGAGCGAAGUAUUUACAGAUCAUUGAUAAAAGCGAAACGAACCCAGGUUUUCUUACACUCACAGCAUCAACUUCAUCAGUUGAGACUAAAGGAUCUACUUAGAGACCAGUCGGAUACCCUUCGAAUUCUUCUAAGUCAGUUUAAACUGGUGGAAGAGCUGAUAAAAAGGUGAAAGCUCUAUAAAGUGACGAUCUAAAUCACAAAAGAUUACGACGACUAACGACUUCUCAACAAUUAAAAAGCGGCAAUGUUAACACGUAAUCAGGCUUAGCCGACAAAUUUUUAAGCAAACAACGGAAGCAACAUUAGGUGAAGAACAAAUAGCCAGGAAGAAAUUAGUAACGGGACUGGAACAUAAUAGGGGAGAAGAAGAGAAAAGAGAGACGUCUUAAACUCAACUAAAUUGGACUUCCGUUUGUGGUAAAUAGCGUACAGUCACAUUGAUAAAUUGGCGAGCAUGGCGAUACGAAAACCGUGAAAGCGAUAGCGAAAGGAGUGUUUGAGGAGAACGUGAUAGAGAAGGUGGACGUAUUGUAGACGAGUAAAGGCAUAUGAAAAAAAUAUAUGAGUGAAAUAUACUAGGACAAAAGAUAAAAGAAUAAAAUAUCGGUAGUAAAA